AGAUAGUAGAAGAGGCACUAGAGCCUCCUUUGUCUCCAGCAUCUACUUCUUUGUCUCUGAUGAAAGAGGAAGUAGUAUUCAACAAAAGUGGAAUGUUGAACAAAGAGGCUCUGAUGUCGUGUGCGCCUCGAAGCUGCGCCGAUGCUCCAGAUAUUCAUCUGGCUAGUAGAAAGGUUUUAGAGGUCGAAGAGGAACGGAAGGGUCCAGAGCAGCAGAUCUCACAACAACACUUAAGGCUUCCCGCCCUAAUCCAUCUCUAUAGACAUCCCGCAACAGAAGUAUGCAUCGCGCCAUACAGGAGCCAGGGGAGAUCGAGAUAUUACUGACGCGUAUGUCUCCAUAUGUAAUCCUUGCGGGAGCCCUAGUGCUACAACAAGGAUGAACUUAUUUUUAGGGGAAGAAGCUCUAAGACUACACAAACAACAGAUGCUGAAAGAUAAACUGAUGUUCAAAGAACUGAUGUUUAAGGAUCUUGGAGGGGGCGAACAACAAAUGACCGCUACGAGACCCGGACGUGGGCUUUUGCGUUCGUCACAAUCAUCUCCAGUCCUUUGUCGCGCACCGUCACCAGACCUUCCACCUUUAUUUGGAGAGUUGCUUCCUGAAGCUGGAGGAUCCCGCACAACGUCACCUAUUGGAAUUGACCCACUGACUGGAGGAACUGCUUUUUCUGAUCAGUUGGCCGGGGCAGUGUUAUGAAACGGACAUUGUUUCUUGACAGAUUAUUAUUAAUAUUCCGUCAGUAGUUUAUUAUUAAACUUUAUUAACAGAUUAUUAUUAAUAUUCCGUCAGUAGUUUAAGUUUAUUAUUCCAAUUCAGUAGUUUAUUAUUCCAAUUCCAAGGCGCUCCUCGCGAGCACCCCCCUUCCUGGCAUCCUGCCGGGGGACCUCGUAGGCUGUGCAGCAAGACUUACCUGUAACGAACAAAGGAUCCUUAAUUAGGUGUUUGUUUACUAAGUAACGGGCGCUGCAGUCUUGACCUGAAAUAGCUCCUCUACAAGACCCAAUCCAACUUGUGCUCCCAUUUCAAGCACAGGGUUAAUAGUGAAGCUAGCACCUAUUUAUUAUUAUUCCGGCUCAGUGUCUUCAAUGGUCUCUAGUACUAUAGUUGCUAUUGUUCUCUAAUUUAUAACAAGGUGAAGGUUCUCGCUCCGAUCAGUAAGUAUCACUGAGUUCAUCUUCAUCUUUAGAGUCACAUAGUGAACGACUACGCGAUUCGCCUCUAACCUCACACGGCACCGACCAAAGCACAGCACCAAGAGGCGAGUUUGUUCUUCCAAAGCCUUGUAUGAAGAGAAGCUCGACUAUGAUGUUCCCACUAGUGAGAGACGAUGAUGACAGCCUAGCAACAUCUUCAAGCUUGUUUUUGAGGACCCGCGACCGGAGUCGGAGUGGUGUCGAGCUAAAAGAGCUAGAAGGCGUCUCAAGCAGACACGACCACGAGGGUGCCCGUGGAGAUGCAAGAGGUGGAUCAUACCAAGAAAGGCGUAAUCCUGGUUCUUCGCCUUCAGGGAAAAAACACUUUACAACUGCUGGUGUUAAGGGUUCCCACAUUACAUCCUUCACUACCAUCCCUGGCUCUUUAUUUUGCAGUAGGAAAUAAGGCAGGGAUGUUCUGAGGAAUGCAAUUCCGUGACCUCUAAUGCUGACAGUUGUAGCAAUCAGGGGGAUCUUGAGGCACAAUCUUCUUCACUUGGUCCACAUAGAGGUGGUAAUCGCGGUAAUGUUGAGCAUGAUCAUCAAGAAGGUCUUCUAGGUCCGCACCAUAUCCUCCAGCAAAGCGGUGGAAUAGAAAAGCAAAUGCGAGCUGAUUUGCGUGGAGCACUUGCAGCUGCAGCGAAUUUACUCGGAUGUGGAGGUGGUGCCUGUGCGGCAGAGCAGCCACCUAGUCAGAGUCCGCGAGGGCGUGUUAAGGCUCUACUUUGGUAUAGUUAUUGCGAACAGAGGGAAAGCCGUCCUUUUCUAGAAAUAAGCGUAGGAUAUCCUCUGCUCUUGCAGUCGAAAGGAAAAUGAUGAUGAUCUACGAUAGGCGAUCACGGUCUCUGCGAUACCUCUCUAAUACCGGCCACGGAGGUUUCGCCACCUCUCCCCCUGA